GAUCAGUAUCAGUUCUCAAAAUGAAGGUCUUGAUUGCUCUGGUUGUUUUGAUGUCCCUUGGCCCUUUGGCCUCUGCUAUUUUCAAACAUUUAGCAAAUGAGUGCGCAAAAAAACAUGGAAUCACUCCAUAUCUCAUUGAGAACUUUCCACAAAGUAAUCAAGUCAAGUGCUAUUAUCAUUGUCAAUUGGAAAAGCUGGAAAUAAUUGCCAAUGGCGUUGUCAACCCUUUCGAUGUGUCCGUACUUAACGUAACUGAGGCGAACUACAACGAGUUUGGUAUAAAGAUAAAGCCAUGCUUGACAAUAUUAAACGCCAAAAAUUGUGAGCUCGGCUAUUUGGUAUUCGAGUGCCUAAAAAGACACUUUGAUGAAUUAAAUCAAUAAAUUAAUAUGGGGUAUUCCUAUUUGAUUGAUGAGUAAAAAAGUAUCGCCAAUUUUUUUGGGUAUAACGAAUAACGUGAUAUUUGGUUACCAAUGGGUCGAUACUUACAAUCUUUUUAACCUCG